GCGUGUAGAGGGGAGAGAAGGGGGGGGGGAGGAUUAUGUGCAACAGUUGCUCGUCCCUUGGCACCAGCUCUGCGUUAGGGCAUGGGAACGGCAUGGAUGCAGCAGAAGGGAGGACAGAGGUUCAGGAUUCCAAUCCGGGUAGUGAUGGAAUCGCAGGUGAGGGGAGCGUGCGUGAUGGAGGAAGAUCGUCGUCAUCGGGUGGCAGCGGGUAUCGCAGACGUUCACGGAGGGGAAAGAAACGUCGUGGAGGCAUUUGGGAGGAGAGUGAGGUGGAAGAACGGCAGCGUUUGAAAGAGUUUUGGCUUGGCCUUACCGACGACGAGAGGCGAUCUCUGGUCAAGAUCGAGAAAGAGGCGAUCCUUCGCGAGAUGAGAGAGCAACAGAGGCAUAUUUGCUCGUGCACAGUCUGCGGUCGAAGGAGGACAGUUCUUGAAGAGGAGCUUGGUAUGCUUUACGAUGCGUACUACGAAGAGCUAGAGUUUCCGGGGAGAACAGCGGCAGCUGCGGCGGAGAGGACGCGCAGGCUUUCGGCUGCAGCGACGGGGAGUUCGGCGGCGGGAAGCGGGGACAAUGGCGCGGGAGUGGGGGGGAGCGCGGUGGCUGCCGCGCAGACAGGUACGAACGUAUCCUCGGCGAAUGGGGAUGUCGAGGCCGGAGAUGCCGAGGAAGAGGAAGAGGAUGGGUUCAAUCUGUCAAAGAGUCUGAUGGUGAAAGACGGGAUACUGACUGUGGCGGAUGAUCUGUUGAAGAACGAUGGGAGAAAGUUCUUCGCUUUGAUGGAGAAACUAGCGGAUCAGAGGUUGCCGAACGGUGAGGAGGAAAUCGCGGAGGAGGAGUUUGGGUACACGGAAGAGUUUGAUGAAGGACCGUUCAGUGAGGAGGACGAGGAGGUGAUGGAAGAGCAGAGGAUCGAGGAAGGAAGGCGGAUGUUUCAGAUGUUCGCCGCGAAAAUGUUCGAGCAGCGAGUACUGGCAGCGUACAGGGAGAAGGUGUCGCUGCAGAAGCAGGAGAAGCUGAUAGAGGAGGAGGAGGAGGAAGAGAAGGCAGCGGCGGAAAGGCGGGAGAACAGGCUGAAACGAGAGAAGGAGAAGAAGCAGCGGCGGAAGCUUAUGAAGCAGCAAAUCGAGAGAGAGAAGGAGCGAAAGAGGUUGGAGAAGGAGCGAGAGGAGAAGGAGCAGCGAGAGAGGGAGAGAAGGGAGAAGGAGGAGAAGAGGAGGGAAAGGCAGAGACAGCGUGAGGGGGAAGAUCGGAAAAAGCACGUUAGGACAAACGACGAGCAACAGAAGAGAGCCGUGUCAAAGAAAGACGAUAAGAAGAAGAAGAGAGAGGAUGCGAAGGUUUCUUCGCCGCAGGCCUCGCGGAACGUGGAGGGAACGUCAGGGGAGGAGGGGGAGUUGCAGGAAGAGGUAUCACUGCAGCCGGAAGGAGGGGGAGGGAGAACGGGGGAAGGGGGGCCCGCGGAAGAAGGCGCAGAUGGAGGACGAGGUGGAGCUGGCGGAGGACCACAUGUUAUGGGAGAAACAGAUUGCAGGAAUGAUCACGACAAGAGAACGGAGCAGAAUGAGGGGAAGCGAAACAAUGAGCGGGAGCCGCAAGGUCUCGCAGAGAAGGUAGAGGAGGAUGGGCGUUUGGAGGAAGAGAGCAAGACUGAUGGACACGCCGAUCAAGGUGACAGCAGAAUUUCAGGAGCAGCGGAGAAAGGAAGGUCAUGGAGUGGCAGUUGCGAAGAUGGGUCAGGCGCGAAGGGGAACGGAAAGGGUCUCUGCGCGCUCGGCUGCUCGGCUUCUGAUGGGUCCCGAAUCGUCGUGAACAUGGAGUCGUUGUCGGCAGUCAAAUCAAGUCCAACGAUUUGUGACGGCGGGGUUGAAUGUGCGGCGCUUGCCGGAAAUGGGCUCCUGGGUCGGGCUCCCUCGUCAGGAUCGGGAUUAACACCAUUAGGCGCUGCCGUGUUUCAUAGAGGAGGAAUCUCGGCCUCAUCGUCGUUGUCGUCGUCAUCUUUCUCUGUCUCCUCCUUCUCCUCCUCCUCCUUGCCGUACUCCUCCUCCUCCUCCUCCCUAUCCUUUUCAACAAUCUCCUGUUCCCCUGUCUCGUCGGCAAUGCGCUCGUCUUUAUCUGGAGGCGCUUUACUGAACGGGCCGCCGCGAUCCGCUGCCGACGAUGCUCCUGUGCUGCUGCCAUCUAUGCCCCCAAUUUCGGCCGGCGCUGUUGGUUCUAAUUUAACAAACGGACUCACUCCUUGUACCAGUCAGAAGAGGAAUGGCGUACCAUGCCAUGAGCGGGAUGCGGUGGUCACGUCUGCUCCGAAGGCGUUGGAUUCAAUUUGCGGCCGAGGGCGGGGGAGGGCCAUGUUAAGGCAACCGUUGUCCGCGCCACCGUUCCUGAUGCAUAUGGCCCCCACGAGCCUGCUGGGAGGGAUGCAGCAGCAGCAGCAGCAGCAGCAGCAGGUAGCUUCAUCCGGCCCCGUGCCUUAUUACGGGAAGCGUCUGGAGCCGACGAUGGGUGCUGUCUUACGCUGGCCGCCACCACCGGAGAACCUUUCUCUGUUUACGAACGAGUUGAUCGAGGGGUGGAGGCCUUUUCGGCGCAGGUAUACUUGUGGUGAUAGAUUCGGUGAGGAGGUGGACAAGCAUUCCGUUAAUAACGGAUCGAUCACCAGAGGCUCCCGACCACUGUCAGAGGGAUUGAUGUUCCAGGGCCGUGAUCCACUGCCGCCACCUGUUGCGGCUCCGGGUUUGAGGCCAGCAGUGUGGAACGGUAACAGUGUGUGGGGGGGUUAUGUUGCCAACAACAGGCCUGUUCAGGAAGCCGUGCCCACUGAUCCUCCUGUUGGCCAGCCGGAUCCUGAUUACGAUCUCGUCAAUGUGAUGGGGCACUUGCUGCCCAACGAUCUUCUGAGUGGCGUGGUGGAUGUGCCACCACCAUCGCCACCCAGCCCCGGUCAGGUGUCGGCGGCGGAGGCCAUGGCGCCAGACGCUUUCUUUGGGAACGAGCGGGCUGCUGGAAUCUGCUGUGAAAGUCCGCCAUACGCUGGACUGACUAAGGAAGCUGCGUUUGCCGGGCCGUCGCUGUGCUCGGAUGACUUGUGCAGGAAGAUUGACGGGGGUCUUCAGCAGCAUCGUUGUACGCAGCAGCUUGAAGUAGGGCCUCGUCCUCCUUUUGCAUGCGAUACCUGUGCGUGUUCGAAUGCACAGUCGUCUCUUUCUGCAUCAUCUUUUUUCUCCAGCGACGAUAUUCGCAAUGCAGCGAAAAGGGACGCGGGUGACAUGCAUCGCCCAGCAUGUUGGUCAACGACGGAGUCGAGCUUGCUGGGGCCCAAUGUGCAAAGCUUUGCGAAUACGUCUGCCUGCAGCAGCGUUGCUGUCCGCCCUCUUGGUGGUAAGCUGUGCUCCAGCGUUGGGAACAACGGUGGCAGCACGAUGAGUAGCAGCAGGUUUUGCAUGGAUACGAAUGCAUGCGGCGGCAGCUUCAGGUCUGAAGCGGACCGUGGUGGUGGUGUGCUCGCUUCUUCCGCUGGCGGGAUGCUGGCCAACUCGUCAUCUCCACUGAAUGGAGCCGGAGGAGGUGGGCACUCUGCACGGGAGCUCUCCUCCAUUUGGAGUGGAAAUGGGUGCUGUGCCGAAAAUGCACCGUUGUGGAGCUUUCCUGGGAAUCCUGGGCAGGGCGGCGGAGCUGAUAGCUUUCGCGCUGCUAGCUUAAACGAACAACUGCACGAACAGCAUCGGGGCCCUCCCCCGCAGCACCAACAACCAUGCGCGGCUCAAAUGCAGGAACCCUCGUUGGCGGCCCGUCGUGUUCAAGCCGUUCAAACCCCUCAGCAGCCUUUUUUUGAAAGAAGCAAGAGAGCACCCAUGGAUGAUGCUCAAUUUCCUAGCAGCAUGGAGUGGGGAGUGAGCAUUAUGGGCACGUCAUCUCAAGGUACACUUGGCUGGAGCAGCCGGACAUCUGAAAUAUUCAGCGACGUGGCAACGAUCCCUGCUGAAGAUGGAAAGAGGGAGGAAGGAAUGGACGACGGUGCUGGUGGGUGCAGCAGUGGGAAGGAAUCGCCAGGGCAUGGCAUCCCGGUGGUGACAAGCAACAACGCUGGCUUCAUCGCUGGAUCAUGCGACGGACCGGUUGAGAGAGAGAGGGGGGAGCGAUUGAGACGCUCGGUGGGUAGUGCGAUGUGUGGCGUGACUGAUGUUGGUGGGGUUCCUUCAACCGUCUGCUCAUCGCCAGCUCCAGAUGUGGUUCAAGUUGGCCAUCAUCAAGGAUGCAGUCCUGUGUCCAGGUUUGCUUCGCCAAGGGCAAGGGGGGGUGCUGUAGUAAUACGGGGAAGCACGCUUGGUAGAGGAGUCAAGGUGAUCGCGAACAAUAUCAUAGGGCAAGGACGUUGCAACUCCAGCCUCCCUUCUUGUGGACAACAGGCAUGUCUACAGGGUUUCCACCCGGGAAUGCAUGCGGGCCUGGGGACAGGACAGGCCCCCUCAACUGCUUCCAUGUUUGGCAAAGGAGGGCUUCCCAGUUCAGGGGGGAUGGUGUCUCCAGCCGGCGAAAGUGCACAGCAGCUGGGGACUUCCGAGCCAGCUUCGGCUUCUAGCCAGGCGCCAGGACUGAUUUCGGGGAUGGAGGCCUUGGUGGCACCCAUUCAGACCCUCCCUGGAAAGUCUGCUUCUGUGUUGCCGGCGCUCAAACCCAUGUCUCCUGCAAGUGCAUCAUCACUCGAUAAGUUGUCUUCGUUGGGCAUGGAGAAAUGCGGGGCAGUGGGUGGCUUCUGUGGAACGGGUUCCCAGCUGAGUGUGGUACAAAGGCUGGAGCUUGCGGUCAUUGGCAUGAGAGCAAGUCUCGCAAGGGCAGGUUGCCGGGGUGUGUUUGUACAACCCAUGGGUAUGGCAGGGUUUUGGAAAGCGGUACUUGCGCAGGAUUCUAGUUUGGCAAAGGAGAGCGUGAGCAAGUUGCUGAUCCUGAAGCUAUGGCUUGACCUCUCGUGCCGGGGAGUUAUUCUGUGGGCGGAAGGGAGGCGUGUGGAGGGGGGUUGGUCAAAGGGGAUGUACGCGGAAGGGGGAGAAGGAAGAGGGACGAGGGAGGAGGGAGGAGCGGGAGGAGAAUGGGAUGAGCAACAAGAAGAAGAAGAAGAAGAAGAAGAAGAAGAGGGGGAGGCGUAUGAGAACGCCGAAGAGGAGGGGGAGGAGGAGAAAGCAGUCGAGGGGAAGGAGGAGAAGGAUGAGGAGGCGGGCGAGAAAGCCGGAGAGGAGAGGAGGAUAAAGGCGAGGAGGAUGAGGGGAAAUAAAAUUAUCGCGGUUGGCGUAUUUGGGUUGGCGUAUUUGGGUUGUCGUAGCCGCUCCAUAAAGGGUGCGCAGGUGUUCCACAUGCUUGUCCAAACUUCGGCUUCACACCAAAAUGUCGUCGAGGUAGAUGAGUACAAAUCUAUCCAGCAUGUGUCGGAACUCCGUUGUCAUAGCGGCUUGGAAUGUGGUCGGCGCAUUCGUAAGGCCAAAAGGCAUAACGAGCCAUUCGAAAUGCCCAUAUCGCAUCUUAAACGCGGUCUUGUAGCGGUCCUCUUGUCGAAUCUCGAGUUGGUGAUAUCCCGAUUUGAGGUCAAGCUUGGAGAAGAACUUGGAGCCGUUGCUGCAGGUUGCCUCUUCGAUUUGACUGCGUAUGUACAACAAUGGCGCGUCGUCGUACCAUUGUGUUUUGAAUUCGCGGUCGAUCUUCGCAACGUAGUCGUGAAGGUCGACAACCUUUACUCCGACGUCCAUCAACGGAGCUGGUAUUGCAGUGUGCAAGUAAUCCCGCAAUUGUGCCUUGAGCACAUUGCAGUGCGGUUUCGACGAUCGUACAUCGAAGACGAAGCUGGAGCUAUGGCACCACAGGGCCUGUUGGCCCUUUCUGUCUUGUUGGGGCCGCUGUUCCGGUUGAUGUUCCCAUUGGGGUUCGGACGGGUAUGUACGUCCCGCAUGUUGAUGCGAUCGGGGACAGUGAAGCCUGGCCCCACACCUGUGGAACAAGCAGAAAUUGACCGCAAACUGGCAGAAAAGAAAAAAGAAAAGGAAGCCAAGAAAAAGAAGAAAGAAGAAGAAGCAAAGAGAAAAAUGAAAGAGAAGAUGGAUAAGGAAUUGGAAGAAGAGUUGAAGAGUAUACGAGAAGAAGAAGAAGAAGAAGAAGAAGAAGAAGAAGAAGAAGAAGAAGAAAAAGAAGAACAGGAAGAAGGAGAAGUUUUGGAAAGACGUCGUCGCCUGGACUUACCUGAGAGUAGCAAUACUGCAAGGGCCAGACUUCCAGUUGAACCACUGGAUUGGGCCGGUCAGUACUAUUACUCCAGCGAGCCACUAAGGGAAACUGAAGAAGAAAAAAAUACGUUCAUCGCAAAGCUGGCCAUUGUGAUAGACCCAAUCGAACGGAAUCUGCUAAUGGAGGAAAAGAGGGCUGAACUGAACAAUAGAAUGCUAGCAGCCAGAAGGCAAGAACUGGAAGAAAAAAACCGGUUGCAGGUAGAAGGGGAAAAAUUGCAGAAGGCUUUAGAAGCGCAAAAAGAUAAACCCUCUACAGCAGAAGAACAACUUGCUCUCCUCAGAGAAACUGUCAUCAACACAAGGCAGGACAUGGCUUUAAUGCGGCAGACCAUACAGAGAGUGGAAACACAUCGGGUUGAAUUCGAAAAUGUCUGGAAUAACUUCUUGGAAAAGUCAGCGAAGGACGUUGACCAGCAUGUCCAGACUUGCAUCAGGGCCUUGGAUGAACAUGUCACUAAGACUUUCACCCCCGAAGUCCUAGAAAAGAUAGUAAAGGGCGCAGGAGGCGGAGGAGGAGAUGGUGAUGACGAUGGCGAUGACGAGAAGAAGGGGAAAAAAAGGGGGCAUCCAAAAGAAAAACUUCCUCAGGAAACCGGGCAGGUUAGCAAGAUAAAACUUAACCUGCCGUGGACCUAUAAUGGAAAGGAGGAAAGUGUUCUGCAUUGGGCGGCAGCAAUCGAAACAUAUGUGUACGGACAGCGUAUUCCAUACUCGGACAGGGUGUUGAUGGCAACUUCAUGCAUGGGAGGCGAUGCCAUGAGCUUCGCCAUCUCGCUACAAAAAGAGGCGGGAUGCAGCUCCAUGGUAGAAUAUUUGCAACAAACGCGAAUCGAAGAAUUCCUCAAAGCUGUAAGAGAAAGAUUAGAGGAUAAGAAUUUAGCAAGACGCACUGAGAUGUUAAUCCUCAGCCUUCCUGAUAGGAAAUGGAAGAGUACCUCUGCAUUAAAGGCAACUAUGGACGAACUGUUACAAUGCCCGGAUCAUGGAUUGACGCCUGCCCAAAUCUUGAACAGCUUUGCACGAGCGCUCCCGGAUCCCCUGAGAGCACAACUCUAUCCCCGCACUAAAGAAGAGGGGGUGACAUAUGAGAAGUUCGGUAAGAUCGCAAUAGAUCACGCCAGCUUCCUCGCCGAAGCGAACUAUUGCCAUUACUGGAAGGAUCUGCAAGCGGGUAAAAUAUGGCAAAACCGCACUAUCUCAGGGUCUAUACCUGGGAAGGACAGUCUCCUUGUAACCUUUGAGGAAGGAGGCGCCGAGACCAUCUCCUGGGAUCAGGUAGACUAUGGUCUGGAUGAACCCAAUAGACCGGUAGCUCAGGAGGGGAGUUACGCGGCUGUUGCAGCCCGCGGGGGAGGGCGUCAAGGAAGAGGACGUGGGCGAGGGAGAGGUCGCGGCCGUGGUGGACGAGGAUUCGACACCCAGAGGGGUGGUGGUGAAGGAAGCCACUACGUGGGAGGAAGGGGAAAUGGUCCUUCACAAGGUGGCCGUGGUUCUAUUCCACCUGGGUAGAGGAAGAGGCAUGUGGUACAAUAAGUGGGACAAACCAUACCCACCACAUCCAGGCCUACCCAAAGGAGAGCCUUGGAAAGAGUUGGGAAUAACAGAAAAAGUCUGGCAAGAAAGAAAGAAGGCAGACCAAUGCCUCAAGUGUGGGGACCCCGACCACAUUGUCCCCCUAUUGCCCUGACUAUAGGGGGGCAAAAGGGAACAACCAAUAAAGGUGCCAGUUGCCU